AUGGCCGAUGUAGAUGAUGAACUCCUAGCCCUCGUCGGAGGCGACGAGUCGUCUGAUGAGGAGCAAGAGCAGCCCGCAAGUCCCAGUCGUUCUGUAUCUGGUUCACCCGACCCCGAAGCCAAGGAUCAAACGUCAAGCAAGACAAAGCACAAGUCUAACAAGAAAAAACAUGACGAUUCGGAUGAGGAGGAAGGCGAGGCUUCUUCUAUUGCCUCUCCAGCCUCGCAGAAUUCUGCACCCAUGGACGAAUCUGAUUCCGAGUCUGAUACCUUGCAGGCUACUAACACCAACGGCAAGAUGGACGACGACGAUGAUAACAAGUACCCCAUCGAUGGAAUUUAUGCAAACGAUGCAGAGAAGGAAGAGAUUUUAGCUAUGCCCGAACUCGAGCGAGAGCAGUUGCUUGCUAGACAGGACGAUAGUCAGUCGGUCAAGAAGCGCAAAGCUAGUGCUGCUGACCUAGACGAAUCCCAGCGCAAGCCCUCACGACAGCGAACAAGAAUUGGUGGUUCAAGAGUGGGUGAGACGAGCUCUGGCAUUGAGUCGCUCCGCCGCGCUCGAGCCGAGAAGAACGAUCGACAGCGCCGUAGAGAAGAAGAUCGAGAACGCAAUAAGAAGUCAUACUCGGGUUCGCGCGACAGCCCUGGUCGCGAUGGUGAUGAUGAUAGCGAUGUCGAGUGGGCUGGUAGAUCAAGGGAUAGGUUUUCCAAAUCACGAACUCCCGAAGUGAAAGAGACCCCCCCGCCGAUAUCCGUGAUUUCGAGCGCGUACGACUUGGCCGCAGCCGAUUCGCUCGAGUUUGUUUCUACCCUGGUUUUAACGAAGCUAUCACUGGAUGCUACGUCCGUAUCGCUCUUGGUCCAGGUUUCUGAUGGUUCUAAUGUCUACCGAAUGGCUCUUGUUAAAGGGUUCACAAAGGGAAAACCAUAUGCCAUGGAGAAGUCAAACGGUCAGAACUUUGUCACUGAUCAGUACAUCAGAGCCGCACAUGGCAAAUCUGAAAGGGAUUGGCCUUUCAUCAGUUGCUCCGACUCACCUUUUACAGAGGCUGAGUUCAACCGCUAUAAGAAGGUUUGCCAAGACGAGGGCGUUAUCUUUCCCAAGAGACCGACACUAGACGCUAAAAUCGACGAUAUCAACGCUCUAGUGAAUCGCUCCUGGACCGAUGCAGAGGUAAAUGCUAAGAUCGAGCGAGAGCGAAGUCUACUCGGUAAAUUCAUGCCUACUGAGCGAAACCGAUUAGUCGACUUGAUUGAGGAAGCCAGACGACAUGGAGAUGACACCCGAGUUUCGGAAUUACAGGAUAAGCUAGACUCCCUUGAAACUCCGCGUCUAGCUUUCAAGACCAGCCUCACCCCAUCGAAUAAGUCGACCAGUUCAACGCCAACGCAGCAAGAACGAUUAGCUGCUUUGAAUGCUGAAAACCGUCGACGCAACGUGGAGUCUGUCCGUAAGGCACAGCUAAAGGAGAAAGCGAAGGCGCGCCAAAUUGAGGCACGCGUUGCACGUGGAGAAGAAGUCGAUGAUGAAGACACUUCACGACGUCUCAAAACCAAGCCUAAGUUUAGGCAAGACAUUAAUGGUCCCACCGACCUGAAGUCAAAGACAGCCAAUGGUAGUGGUGCAUCGACACCUACAAAUGGCACACCAAAGCAGAGUGCUACUACUAAAGCACCACUUCUACCUCAUCUGCAGAAGCUGCAGCUACAAAACCAUCAGGCAGGAAAAGAUAAGAAGGGGAUCCCUCAGAUUCAUAAACCAAUUGUGGAUGAUGAUAUCAUCGCAGCUUUGGAUCUUGACAUUGAGGUUGACAUUGAUUAG